UUAUGGCUCUGCUUAUCUUGCAUAUAUUCCAGCUUCUACUCAUCACAGGCAUCAUGAAUACCUCUACGGACAAUGACUGAAUCGCGAGAGGAUGUACCGGCGCAGUGAACCUCGAAGUGGACACGCAUCAAAAGCCUCGUCUCCGCCCUCAGCUCGACACCAAGAAGAUGAAGAAGAGAUACAGGAUUUAUCGCAGCACGCAAGCCCUGGCAACCGCCCUCUGAAGCGCAAUCGAAUACCCUUUCACCGUCAUCACAGUUCAGGAAAUACUUCUGUUUCUAGAGAAGGGAGUCAUUUGGGAAGCCCCAAUACGGUGGAAUUGCAGCAUACCGGCUAUCCGCUGAAGACGAACCCUUUUGUCCAGCGAGCAGUCCAGUUCUAUGUGAAAUAUUAUGCUCCAUCUGCAAAUCAGAGGCCGCACUUCAUGGGGGUCGGACAAGACCUCUCGCUCCUACGCCAGUAUAUCCCAUUCAUUCUGCAUGACCGAAUGGUCUUCAGCGCCAUGGUUGCCAUGGCUUCCCUGGGUGCUGACAUUGCAGCAAACGGCAACCGCGAGCGUUCUUCAGAGACGCUGAAGUACUACCAGUUAGCAGUCUCUCUGCUACGGCAGCGAUUGAUGGACGAGUCGCAAAGGUCAAAUGAUGCAGUCGUAGUGACACUUAGUAACCUCUGCGGAUUUGAAGCAAUGUCAGGAAGAUUCGAUGCAGUCGAUAUGCAUACCCAGGGUAUCAGACAUGUUGUCUCUCUCAGGGGUGGCCCAGACAGACUAGGAUUUGACGGCUUCCUUAGAACAAUAGCGGUCGCGUAAGUGCCCAUUUGGAGGCCCGCCACCUUCUGAAAGAUGGCCAGAACUAAUCAUGUUUCGUUUUUCGUUGCUAGCUGGUUAACCUUUUAUGCCACUCGGCACUACAUUUCAACUCAUCAGCAAACCCUCAUACCUUCAGACGGAAAGUUCACUUACCCGACUCAUCCAUUCGACCCGGACCUGUGCAGUGUCAUUGCCAAAUUCCCACCGGGCCUCAUGAACCUUGCAUUGUCGAGCCAGCUGAGCCAUCAGAUCAUAGUGCUGAUAUCGCGGGUCAAUAUGUGGGGUCAGGAGAUCGUUAACUCUUUACGGGAGAAGGACAUCAAUCGCCUACAUUAUCUCUCUCAUAACACGAAGAAUAUCACACUUUGCGGCGAAUUCCUACUACAUCCAAGCUUGUCGCUGGUCGAGAAACUCCUCAUACUCGGUCUCCUUGGUUUCUGCUAUUCCAAUGAUGACACCAGAUCUAUGUAUUGGUUAACAAAAUCCUAUUUACAAGUUCGAUGCCGAUACUUAAAUUCUCUUUUCAUUGAUGUAUCCGAGAAGAAUGAGGACUUCAUGACGUGGGUCGGGACUGUCCUUGUCUCGACGAGUGAUCCUGGGUCUGAACCUUGGAUCCUGGGUUCGUCCCUGCUAGAUGCGCGACCUACUCCACGAGAUUGGCAGGCCAAUGUCAAAAUCUGCGAGGAAUUCUUUUGGAUUGAGUCAAUGUCCUUGAGGUUGUCAUCAAAAAUUGGAUAUCUCAAGCAGACGCAGCGCAUGAGCCAAGGAUAAAUCCCUCAAUAUCUGCACCGAAACCAUGGUCAACAAAGAAUUGGUUAUUCCUUUUCCAGCCACUUACAUUUUAGCCAACCUAUUGAUAUGCAUAUCCGGCCCAUUGCAAUAAGGAAAAAAGAACGGAAAGGAAAGGAAAGGAAAUGUCACUUGAGGGUUGGACCG